CCAUCAUCUUGACAUGCUCCCCACACACACCCUCUCGACGUGCCCCAAUUCUUUCCCUGCUUGCCGUCGAACCUCCAUGGGCCGAGAUUGCAUUUGUUGAUAACAAUUAACAAUUUUACCAGGCCGCAUCCCUCGACCGCAAAUAUAUCGACGACACGCCAAGACCGCGUCUUGCAAUAGCUGGACGCAAUAACGAACGAGUGAGUGCGCGCGCAUGUUGUAGAGUGUCUGGUCCGCUCUUUCUUGUUCCAAGCCCUCUUGUUCCAAGUUUCGCCCCCUCUCUCCACCCGCUGGUUUGGUUGGCCCCUUUGGAUCACCUCCGUUUUACCGCAUCCAGAAAACCAUCCCAUCGGCCCCUUGCCUGACGCACGCCAGUGCCACGCAACCUUGCAUUGGGCCGGGAAGUGCAGCAAACUGGGGCCAAGAAGCAGGAGAAGGAGACGGAGGAGGAGGAAAGAAGCAAAACGCCCACAGUAUUGUACCACGGGCACGAAUUCGCAGGCACCGCCGUUAUGGACUCCCUCCAGCCCCCGAGGAAGGGCAGGUCGCGCUUCUCCAAGGCCCUACCCGCGCCCCCGCCACUCGAGAGCUUCAGCAGCAGCUUCGACGACCUGCAGCACAUGUUCCGUCCGCGCACCGCGGCCUCGACCACCACAACCAGCCUGGCCAACGCCGUGCCUACGCCUCCGCCCGAGGCCAGCCAACCGCCUCCUCCUCCUCUUGACUCGCCUCUGCAGCGACAGCUGCUGGUGUCCCCCAAAAACCCGGGCCCUUCGCUGCCCAUGACCAUACCCCGGCGCCCCGUCGCCCUGCCGAGCUCCCCGGCACCCCUUCCCAGCACCCCCAGGCCCUCUCCGAAACCACCCACAACCACGGCUCCUCCAGCACGGACUCCAGUGGGGAAGUUGUCGUCACCGUCCUUGCCAGCGCCGCCGCGCGCCGCGCCUCUUGAUGAUGAGCCUCCCUCGCCUACAAACUCCAUCCUCAGCCUUUUGUCCGCGUACUCGGGGUCGUCGUCAGGAUCUGCUGCGCAGAGAUCAUCCGAAGCAACCGUAAGCACAGCGGCAUCGUCUUCAUUCGUCCCCCAAUCGCCGCCAGGCGCCAAGAAGGCCCUCUCCCCAUUCACGCUCCCGCCACUCGACUUCAGCGAGCCGUCCAGCUCAGAGAGCAUGGCUAGCUUCGGCCAGCCGCCCACACCGCCCAUGAAGGACACUGAGCUAUCACUCCCACCGCCGCCUCCCAAGGACAAGGACGUGGCUCGCUCGGGCUGGUUCUCCAGCUUCUCGUCCCAGAAACCCACGCCCACGCCCGCGCCCACUGCCACAGCCACUGCCGCGCAGCCACAAUCGCAGGAGGAGCCAGAGCUCUGGAGGAGAAGGUUGGAAAAGACGGACAAGCACAUCGAGGUGUCGGAGCUCAAGUUGGGAAGCAGCCACGGCUCGACUGCAACCUCUGCCGAAGUUCCCGUGCCGCCACCCAAGGAGCAAAGGCCCGAGCCGCCCAACAAAUCACAGUUCCUGCAGACGGGCACCAGCACGAGUUCGCUUGCCGCCGACCCGAACUCUAAACGGCUGCCGCCAAAAAGCCCGGCCGGCGGCCUGCCGGGAAGGAACAUCCGUCCGAAUCCCACUGCUGAAACCUUAACCCAAAACGACGACAUCACCACUAUGGGUUCUGCCCUAUCAAAAGCUGAGGCGAAGAUGAAGCAACGCCGCCCGGGUGACGGGGAACAGCCGGCCGUCAAUGGCAGCGCCGACGUGGCGAGGCCUAGACCAGACGACGGCACGAGUCGCUGGCAACAGCCGCAGUCGCAACCGCCAUCGAACCUGCCCGCCGCCGCUGCCGCCGCCAAGUCCCCGGUCGUCACCCAGCACCCAUCCACCAUACGCCGCCUGCCCACCCCGGACUACGAGCAGCACGACAUCAGAAGCCCUAUCGUUGAGCAGAUCGUGUCACCCGUUUCGCCCGUAUCUCCCGCAUCAUCUCCGGACCUGGCCCCCCAGCAGCCCGUGCCCAGGAAACCGCUCCCAUCCACCAUCAUCCCGACUGAGGCCCCGGCCCUGCAGCGGGAAGACGUCCCGUCGCCCAUCAACACCGCCCCGCCGGCCCCAGGUAGCGCCGGCCCCGGCAGGAUGGGCGGCAACUUCUCGUCCUUCCCCAAGUCGCCCGACGCCCGGCUCAAGCCCAAGCCGUCAAAUGCCACGCUCGUCGAGCGGCCUGCGCCGCCGUCGGUGGCUGCCGCUCCCCCGGCACCAGUCACCGGUCUGGGGCUGCUGCAGCCCCUACAGCCACACUACAAGAGCAUGCUGUCACCGACCGUCGACACCACUCCGGUUAACGGCAAUCAAAGUCAGUUCCCAGCCAGGACUUCAUCCCGAGGCGCCGAGCUGCCGACAUCUCCGAUACUGCGCCACCCGGCAGAACAGCCCGCUCUUGCCCUGGAUACCGAAUCCGUUUCCGAGUCCAUCACCGCGGCCUACUUUUCUGCACCCAGCAGCCCAUCCACCGUAAAAGCGCAGCCGCCGCCGCCGCCUUCGCAGCAGCAGCAGCAACAACAACAACAACAACAACAACAGCCGCAGCAGCAGCAAUACCACCAGCCGCCGCCCGGCUCCCGGUCCUCGGACAGCUCGAGCUACAAGGAGCUGGCGCAGACGGACGACUUCAACCCCGCGGCGGCGCGGUUCCCCUCCAUGGCGGCCGCCAUGGGCUCGGCCCCGGCCGCGGGCACCGUCUUCCAGAUGCGCGGGCUCAAGCCGUCGCACUGGGGCUGCGUGCACAAGCACCGCUUCAUGGCCCCGACGCCAAACAGCAACUACCCGCUCGCGUGCCAGACGUGCGCGCGCGAGGACGCCGAGGACCGCUUCCGCUGCCGCUUCUGCUGGCUCCGCGUCUGCGCGCCCUGCAAGGACGUCCUGGCCCAGAACAAGGGCGACCUCGCCGCCCUCAUGGCCCGCGUCAAGGAGGCCGGUGGCCAGCCCGCCCCCGCGCCCGCACACAGGAACGGCAGCGCCUUUGCCAACGGCAUGCCGGCCUCGCCCGUCGUCGUCUCCCCAAUGUCCCCGCAGGCGGUGUACUGAGGGCAUUAUUAUGUUCUCCCGAGAGCCCUGGAGCUUUCGUGUUUUUCUGUACCUUGAAACCUUGUUUUCUCUGUCUUGUUUUUUUUUCUUUCGUUCUCUCUGUAGUCCUCUCCCUACGGGGAGUUGUCCCGAGCUGACAAUGUAACGCCCGCGGCGUGGAAAACAUCAGGUCUCGAAGGGGGAAGGCGCACGUACGCAUUUUGUGAUACCUACAAUGGGCAGGCAGAUGAGGAGGCGGUGGGCCAAAAAAGGAUUUGGGGAUUUGGUGAGGACAGCAACACGAACAAUGGUUUUGUUUUUCAUCUCGGCUGCUUCGGUUUUACAUUCUGGAUGGGGGGUAGGUGUUAAAAGAGGUUUGGGGUUUGGCUUUUAUUUUUCUGCUGCUCCGCCAUCAUUUUUCUUCCGUACUUUGUGGAUUGGCAUAAGCAUUUCGGGGUUGGCGUCUCCAACCGUUCAGAAAUCAUUUUACUUUGUUCUCACCUCUCUGUCGGCGACGUCUCAAGAGCAAGUCAGUGCUUGUAGAAGGCUGAUGUCUUGGCUUCCACCCGAUGCUAACUGAUAUUGGCGGGAUGGCCUCCGCACUCGGAGCCGCCGUCCUGCCCCUGCCUCGAAUUCCGAUUCACCUAUAUAUGCCUCCCG